UUAGAAGACAUGUCAACUUCACACAUCUUAUCGGCCGUGGAUCCCCAUAGCAAUGGCACACAUUCACCUCAACAUUUGCAUGCCCCAGAUGCCAUGGUCGGUGCCGGCAAUCACAACUCUUUGGGUAACCGUGGCAGUCCCAAUGCCUUGGAAAGAAAUUUACACGUCUCCUUGGAUGACAGAGAGCUGUGGUUGCGAUUCCAAAAUCUCACCAAUGAAAUGAUUGUUACAAAGAACGGAAGGCGCAUGUUUCCGGUGGUUAAAAUCAGUGCCUCAGGUUUGGAUCCAGCCGCCAUGUAUACCGUGCUUUUGGAAUUUGUACAAGUUGAUACCCAUCGUUGGAAAUACGUCAAUGGCGAAUGGGUACCCGGCGGUAAGGCAGAAGUCCCUCCUUCCAAUCCCAUAUAUGUACACCCAGAAUCGCCGAACUUCGGUGCCCAUUGGAUGAAGGAACCCAUUAGCUUUGCCAAAGUAAAGCUGACCAACAAAACAAAUGGCAAUGGCCAAAUAAUGUUAAACUCCCUGCACAAAUAUGAACCUCGGGUACAUUUGGUGCGUGUGGGUUCGGAACAACGUCAUGUGGUCACCUAUCCCUUUCCAGAAACCCAAUUUAUUGCCGUUACUGCCUAUCAAAAUGAGGAGGUGACAUCGUUGAAGAUUAAAUACAAUCCAUUUGCAAAGGCCUUUUUGGAUGCCAAGGAGCGCCCCGAUACGUUGUACUCUCAUGAUGCCCAUUAUGGUUGGUUAAUACCACCACCCACCCACUACACCAGCUCUCCGGUGAAUCACAACAGCUUGGCCGAAUCGUCAUUGGUGUCGGGUAAUUGUGACCGAUAUGGUCGGGCCUUAAGUAGCCGCUCCAAUGCCUCCAACAGAUCCACACCUUAUAGUCGUCCACGUAUUGUCUCCGGAUCGGGCAGCAAUGGUAGUACUGGAAAUGCAUCACCACCACAGCCUCCAUCAGCACCCCAGACACCGACCAGUUUGCAAUCGAGCAAUACCCAGCUCGGCUCAACACCCACAUCAAGUGGUUGUUUCACCAGUUCCUAUUCACAGUCGGGUUUUAUGCCCGUAGAACCCACCUCAAGUGCCACAGUAUUCUCAUAUCCCACAACAUGGCAAACAAAUGCCAAUUACUGGAGUUCUCCAGCAGUGCCUGGACCCAUGCCAGUUAAUACAGCCAGAGCCAUGACAUCUCACAAUUCCCCUUCACCCACAAACAAUGGCUCACCCACUUACACUGCCCCCUCUCCUGGUUACACUAUUCAUCAUUUGACUCCCCAUAGCCACACACAUCAGUACAACAUGGCCCAACCUACUGUUACCCAUUCGGCCGAUAUGUAUCAAAGUGUUUCACCCACCACACAAUCAUAUGCUGCUCCUGCUCAUCAAGUGUAUCAUCCCACACCAACAUCACCCACCUCUCACCAGCUGUACUCGAACGUUCUGAAUACGCCCAGUGCCUUAUCGUAUCCCAGUACGUCGUGGCAUAACGGAGCAGCAGCCGAUUACGGUCUCUAUCAGAAUCCAGCCGCCUAUGCCUAUCAAACCGAAUAUAUCCCUUUGGUUUCGGAAAUUGGUUUAGUUAUCAAUGAUUAUUCUUUUCAUUCGUCAACCAUGCAGCACUUAUGUCCCACCCGCUUUGGAACCAGUAGAAGUCACCAAAACCAUGGACAAUGCCAGUCAUAAUGCCCUGUACAGAAGCCCCGAAGAACCCACCACAGUUCUGACCUUGGAAUGUAAUAGCCUUAAGGCAGAUACUGCACCCCAUGUUGUUGAGAAUUC